AGCGGGAGAGGCGGCGGGCGCAGCCGGCCCCGCUAUAAAUAGGGGCCGGAGGCGCGGCUCCCAUUGGCGCUGAGGAUCGCCGCUCCCGGUUGGCUCGGCGCGCUCCCGGUCCCGCCGCCGCGCCCAAUGGGGCCGCGGUCCGCCGGGCCAAUGGCGAGGCUGCGGGCGGGCGGUGGCGGCCAAUGGGCGGGCCCGCCGUGGCGCGGGCGCGGCGGCGGCGGCACGCGCGGGGCCGCCAUGACGCGGAGCUGCUCCGCGCUGGGCUGCACCGCCCGCGACACCGGGCGGAGCCGCGAGCGCGGCAUCUCCUUCCACCAGUUCCCGGUGGACGCCGCGCAGCGCCGCGAGUGGAUCCGCGCCGUGAACCGCGUGGACCCGCGCAGCCGCCGCGCGUGGCGGCCCGGCCCCGGCGCCAUCCUCUGCUCCCGCCACUUCGCCGAAGGGGACUUCGAGCGCUACGGGCUGCGGCGGAAGCUGCGCCGGGGGGCCGUGCCCUCCCGCUUCCUCCCCUCGGAGCCGCCGGGCGCCGGCCGCAGGAGGAGCGGGACUCCGGUGAAGCAGCCGCUGCCCAGCCCUCCCGCCGGGGACCACAACUACAGCCUGCAGGGCCAGCGGGCCGAGCCGCGGGCCCCGCCGGAGCAGCAGCAGCCGCCCGCCGCCGGGACACGCGGCCCCGCGCAGAGGCGCAGGACCGUGCCGAGCAUCCUCAGGGAGCUGGCGGAGAAGCGGCAGCUUCCUGAGGAAAUCGUGAGUUCGCUGCAGGCGCAGUUUUCAGCAGAUUUGCCUCGAGAGUUGCACAGCUGGAGGCAGAUGGCAGACUACUCACCAGAAAUGAGGCAAUUUGCUUGUCUUCUCCAUCUCUACCAUAUUAAGGCCUACGAUUACCUACGGAAGAUUCUUCCCCUCCCUCAUCCUUACAGCCUGACCAACUGGCUGUGUAACAACGAGGCUGCUGCAGGCUUCAGCAGUGAGGUUUUUCUCCAGCUUCAGGAAAAGGUGGAGAGAGGGGAUCAGGCCUACCGCUCCUGCGCCGUGCUGGUGCAGGACGUGUCCCUGCAGAAGCAGCAGGAGUGGGACCCACAGAGCAGGCGGCUGACGGGCUUUGUGGACUUGGGAGCAGGCGUGCUUGAUGCUGACGAAGCUCCGCUGGCGUCGGAAGCGAUAAUCCUCAUGGCAGUCGGCGUCUCGAGCUCUUGGACAGCCCCCCUUGGCUAUUUCUUGGUCAACAGCACGUCCGGCCACUUCCUUGCUCAGCUCCUUCGUCAGGCCAUCAAUAAGCUGAACAACGUUGGGAUUGUGGUCCUGGCUGUGACAUCAGGUGCCUGUGCUCGCGGUGCUGAGACUGCCAGGGCUUUGGGGAUCAGGAUGGAUCCCAGAAGGCUUCAGUGCAUUUUCCAGCAUCCACCCGGUUCUGCUCACAGCAUCGCGUACUUCUUGGACAUUUGUCACGCCCUCCUGCUGAUAAGGAAUGCUCUGCAGUGCUUCCAGAAGGUAGAGUGGCUCGGUGACGCCGUGUGCUGGCAGCACGUGGUGGAGCUGGCAGCCUUGCGGGAGCAGAGGCUGCUGGAGCUGUGCAGUCCUGAGUCAGGCAGGGCUGGCACUAACGGGAGUUUCCACCUGAAGGUCAACCCUGCUACCCUGCUGUUCAGCGAGGGUGUUGCUGAGGCACUGGAGCACCUCCAGAAGCUGGGCCUGGCCUCAUUUCAGAACUGCAGCGGGACUGUCAAGUUUGUGCGUCUGAUGAGCUCUCUGUGUGAUGUAUUUUGUGGAAAGGAGCCUUUGCUAGCUGGAAAUCACACCAAAAUAAGCAACCUCCUCGAUGAGGCCAAGAGCUGCUUUGUCAACUUAACAGACUCUGCAGGGAGAUACAUUAUUAAGAGCAAACGCAAACUGGGAUUUCUGAGCUUCUUGCUCAAUGCUGAAAGCCUCAGGUGGCUUUCCUCCAACUACACAUGUCCAGAAGGCACUCCUUCCUACCUCCACACACAUGCCUUCAGCCUGGACCCCCUGGAGCAGUUUCUCAGGGCCCUCCAGCAAGCCUGUGGCAGCAGUGGCAGCCCCACCUGCGCCAUGUUCCAGGCUGCUUACCACAAGCUGCUGGGCAGCUGCAGCCUGGCACCCCACUCACCACACAGCAGUGGCAAUGCCAGCCCCCAGGACGUGUCCCUGCCUCAGAGGAGAGCUCCGACUCUGGGCAGCAUUCGUGCCCAGUAUCACCCAGCUCCUGGGAGGACUGUGGCCCCAGAGUACCCCUACAGUGCAGGCCUGCUUUUGCCCAGCUGUGCCUUGAGCAAUGCCCUGACAGAUCUGUCGCUGUACGCUCAGAGCCUCGCCUGCACUGCUGGCUGGGUGGCUGAGCAGCUGGCCUUGGACUUGCACUGUGAGGCUUGUCUUGCCUCUCUGUUUGAGGCAGAUGACAGCAGGCUAAGAUGCAAGUCAGUGCUCUACAUAAAAAAGUUGGGUGGCGUGAGUCUGCCCUCAGCCAGUGUGCACCACAUAACAAGCAUUUCAGAACAAGUCCUAAACCAAUAUGGCAAAGUAGAAGGUGCCAGCAAAAAUACCAAGCUGUGGCAUUUGUCUCUAGAACAGAAAGUCUUCCAGGAGCUUCUGGGAGAAAGACCCCUCUUUCCCACCCUCACAAACCACUUAUUUGAGAGGGAGCUGAGCAUCGACAACCACUACACAGCCUUAGUAAGGGAAAUAACACGGUAUUAUCUAAACAUAAGAACAAACCCUCUCCAACACCUGAAUUUGAAAUACCCUUGCAAAAGGCACAAAUUGAAGAGACUGAAGGGAAAGCAUUUGUUUCCAUCACCACUGGGUGGCUGUCAGUCAAGUUAAACUUACACAUGGUCUAACUGAGUACUCUGGUUCCAAGGAUGGCUAUUCUUUGCUGAGGCUUAGUGCUGGACAGAUCUAGGCAACAUGUGAGGUAAAACUAGUGUUGAUAAGCAGUGUUUUGGGCCACUGCAAAUUCCCUAACCAGAGUUUAACUGAGCAAAGCAAGGAAGUUUAUCCGAUCCCCUGUUCCUUCUAGCAAUCCUGCAAAAGCAGCCACAAAGUAUUUCAUGAAACUUGUGUGGCAGAUCAGGAUGAGCAAUGGUUGCUCGUGGUGCCUGGGGCAGUCGUAGGAGACUCUGCACUGUCCCUGGAAGUGCUGGGUGGCUUUAGUGCUGUGAGUGCUCUUGCCAGAAGAAAACUGGGAUUGCAGGAGAAUCACAUGCACUGGCACUUUGAUUUCACCACAGAUGUGCUUUAUAAAAGCUGGGGGCAAGAAAGCUUGUAGAGCUUCUACUUAAAUAGGAAAAUAAAGAUGCGAGAAGAAGGUCAGCUUUUCAACAUGUCUCAUCAAGCAGCUAAAGAUGCUGGUCAAGUCUUGAUCCUCUAGCUCAGUGCUGAGCCUGAGACCUGAUUGUUGUGUCCAGUGGCACCCAGAAGCACCAAUACCCUCCUCCAGGGGCAGGAAUACAUGGCUGUGCUGCAGCAGGGCAAGCAUCAUGGCCCCAUCCUCCCAGGGCUGGCCUGUGUCCUGCAGCCCAGGGCACAAGUGCCACCAAGUAGGACAGGCUUCUUCAGUUAGUUCAUUUCCAUGUAAAGGAAGCUGCCUCCAGUGCUUUGCCUGGAAUAGCAAAGUUUGACAGAACUGUUCCUUUACCAUGUAGAACAAGAGUUGCAUCCAUAGAGAUGGAAGGCAACUAAUUCCCACAAAACCUGCUGUUCAGUCACUUUCUAGAUGCAGAAUGGAGCUGGGAUGAAAAACGUUGAUCUGAUGAUCUAGGGCAAUAAUAACAUUAAAGGUACCAUUCUGCAUACCAGUGACUUGACAAAAAGUGUCCCUGGUUGGUUUGGGUUUCUCUUAUUUCCCUUAGUUCUGCUGCACUCAAUCCCUCAAGCUCUGCUUUGAGAGCAGCAACACCAGAGAAAUUCAUACAAUCACUGCUGGGA